CCGUAUACUGUCGCUUGAUGUCUGGGUCACUAUGCUUAGUAAUUGCAUCCCUCGCACGUUUUAUUUGGAACCCGAGGUUUCAUUAACCGUGCUUAUAAUUUGGGGAACUCUCUUGCGAUUGGCUGCCUUGCCUUCCUACCUCCCCGAGGGGCUCGUGCAGUUUUGCAGUCUGAGCGCAAGCUGAGUGUCACUGAUCAGCAGUUACAGAGCUAAGUAAGUGCUGGAGUGGUAGACUUGUACCUGCUGCAACCGUCACUUUUACAUAAAACACUUUUACAGUUAAAUACAAUGGAUUGAAAGGACUUCAAAUAAAGAACAAGCUGAAGCAAAAACGAAUAAAAUGUUUAUAGAUUGCAUUCAGCACUGUCGAGGGUUAUUUUAUUUUUUUUAGUUUUCAAGGAGAAGGUAACUGAAGAGGUGCAUGAAUGAAAAAAAAAUGGAUUGCCUUUUCCUUUUGCUGUGGACUUUACCUAUUCCGUUAGUCAGCAGCAGGUCAAUGAAGUUUCUGUCAGCCUUGUGGUUUGGGAAUGUUAUGAAGACCUUGCAGAUUUGUUGCUCCUAUUCUGUAUCCUCAGUAACAGCUACAUUUAUCAGUGACAGCAGUGGACUGAAUUAUGAUUACGCGUUUGUAACACCUAUAGAAGUAGACUCAGAGGGAGCUUACAUUUCCCAUGAUAUUGUGGGAAGCAGCAGAAAGAGGAGAUCAUUGCAGUAUCCAAAGGACUCGCUGCACUACAGGCUGUCAGCAUUUGGAAAAGAACUUAAUUUAGAUUUGAAGCCCUCCAAUGUGUUAGCAAAUGGGUUUACUGUUCAGACACUUGGCAAAGAUGGUACAACCUCAUGGCAAGAGCCAACAGUUGAAGAUUGUUUUUAUCAGGGAUAUAUAAGAAACCACAGCAGUUCGUCGGCUGCGAUAUCAACAUGCAAAGGCUUGUCAGGUUUGAUAAGGAUACAUGGUGGUGAGUUCCUCAUUUCACCGCUACCUCAGCGUCUGGCAGUGGAACACAACUACACCUCCCUCCCCGGGCAUCACCCGCAUGUGCUGUACAAGCGAUCGGCUGAGCAUACCAUCCAUCGCAGGCCAGCAGACAGCAGCUCCUACCAGGGUCACCAUUACCUGCCCCACGGCCACCUUCACAAGAGAGACUACCUGCACGGGAAGUACCAGAGACAGCACUUCUGUGGACGGCGCAAGAAAUACACUCCUAAACCUCCUGCGGGGGACCUCCACAUAGCGCCUGAUGAGUACGAGCAACAGAGCAGAGCCAAACGCUCUCCUCUCAACCCCCGCAAGCCAACGGGGCUGAACGUGGAGACCCUGGUGGUGGCUGACCGGAAAAUGGUGGAAAAACACGGCAAAGAGAACAUUACGACAUACGUCCUCACAGUCAUGAACAUGGUUUCCAGUUUGUUCAAAGACGGCACCAUUGGAAAAGAUAUCAACAUUGUGGUUGUCAGUCUUCUUCUCCUAGAACAAGAUCCAGUGGGCUUGUCAAUAAGCCACCACGCAGACCUGUCCUUGAACAGCUUUUGCCAGUGGCAGUCUGGCCUGAUUGGGAAGAAUGGGAAGCGUCAUGACCAUGCUGUGCUGCUCACUGGACUGGAUAUCUGCUCCUGGAAAAAUGAGCCUUGCGACACACUUGGUUUUGCUCCUAUAAGCGGGAUGUGCAGUAAAUACCGUAGCUGUACUAUAAAUGAAGACACAGGGCUUGGCUUGGCUUUUACCAUUGCACAUGAAUCGGGGCACAAUUUCGGUAUGAUCCAUGACGGUGAGGGGAACGUAUGUAAGAAGGCUGAAGGGAACAUAAUGUCCCCGACCUUGGCUGGAAACAACGGCGUCUUCUCUUGGUCUGCCUGUAGCCGCCAGUAUCUCAACAGGUUCCUCAGUACAGCUCAAGCUUCUUGUCUUGUUGAUGAGCCGAAGCAAGUUGGACAGUAUAGAUACCCGGACAAGCUCCCAGGGCAGCUGUAUGAUGCUGACACACAGUGCAAAUGGCAGUUUGGCUCAAAGGCAAAACUCUGCAAUCUGGACUUUGUAAAGGAUAUCUGUAAGUCACUCUGGUGCCAUAGAACAGGCAACAGGUGUGAAACUAAGUUUAUGCCAGCAGCAGAAGGGACCAUCUGUGGACAAAACAUGUGGUGUCGGAGAGGCCUGUGCGUGAAGUUCGGGGAUCAUGGGCCCAAAGCUGUCCACGGUCAGUGGUCCCAGUGGUCAGAGUGGUCUGAGUGCUCGAGAACCUGUGGAAGGGGAGUAACAUACCGUGAGAGACACUGCAAUAGUCCAAAGCCACAAUAUGGCGGGGAGUUCUGCCAAGGUUCCACUCGCUUAUACCAGCUGUGUAAUAUCAAUGCCUGCCAGCCCAACAGUGUGGACUUCCGGGCACAGCAGUGUGCUGAAUACAAUAGCAAGCCCUUCAGGGGCUGGUACUACAAAUGGAAACCCUACACAAAAGUAGAAGUGGAAGACAUUUGUAAACUGUAUUGCAUAGCAGAAGACUUUGAAUUCUUCUUUGCAAUGUCGAGCAAAGUUAAGGAUGGGACCUCUUGCUCUGAUGACAUGCACAAUGUGUGCAUUGAUGGGAUCUGUGAGCCAGUAGGAUGUGACCAGGUUCUGGGUUCAAAAGCUGCACUAGAUGCCUGUGGCGUUUGUAAGGGGGAUAACUCGACAUGCACAUUCUUUAAAGGGCAGUACCUCCAGCAGCACAGAGCGAAUGAGUAUUAUUCAGUAGUCACAAUUCCAGCAGGAGUCCGCAGCAUCCGAGUGCAUGAGAUGGAAAUCUCCACCAGUUAUCUGGCGGUCCGUAGCUUGAAGAAGAAAUACUAUCUGACAGGAGACUGGACAGUUGAUUGGCCGGGACAAUUCCCCUUUGCUGGGACCGUGUUUGACUAUCAACGCUCCUUUAACCGACCAGAAAGCCUGUAUGCGGCAGGUCCAACUAAUGAGACGCUGGUCUUUGAAAUACUUCUGCAAGGCAAGAACCCUGGCAUUGCCUGGGAAUACACCCUACCCAAGAGCCUGAACGACAGCAAGACCACAGCUAUGAAACACAACUACACCUGGGUGGCCGUCAGAUCAGAUUGCUCAGCCUCAUGUGCUGGAGGUCAAAUGUCAAUAAAGGCUGUUUGUCUACAAGACCAUUACACACAGGUUAACUCAUCCUUCUGCAAUCCACGCACAAGACCUACAAUUGGAACUAAUGUCUGCAACACUCAACCAUGCCCAGCUUUCUGGUCGGCAGGGGAAUGGAGCACUUGCAGCAAAUCCUGUGGACUGGGACAGCAGUCCCGUCAAAUCCAGUGUCUCCGGAAGGUGGCCUUCAAGCGAGAGGAGGUGGUAGCGCAUUCUCUGUGUCCUGUGAUGACGCCCGCCCAGGGACAGCCCUGCAACAACAAAGCGUGUCUACCUGAGUGGAGUGCAGGAGCCUGGUCUGAGUGUUCUAAGACUUGUGGAAGAGGUCUGAAGAAACGCAGUGUCUACUGCAGUAGCACCAAUCUGUCAAACAAGCCCAGCAUCCUUCCGGAUAGCAUGUGCACCCGAGAUCAGAAGCCCAAAGCCCAGGAGACAUGUGUGCUGAGACGCUGCCCGAAAAAUGACAGACUGGAGUGGGUGACAUCAGCAUGGAGCGAGUGUUCAACAAGCUGUGGUCCAGGGGUUCAGAAAAGGGAACUGAAGUGUAGUGAGAAAGACGCUCACGGCAAAUACAUUGAAUUCCCCCAGAGAAGAUGUCGUAACUUACAGAAGCCCAUUGUGGAACUGGAGCAAGCCUGUAACAAGGGUUCCUGCUCAGGCCCAAGACCUCCUCCAGAAAGGACCAUCAGUAUGGUUGUGUCAGGAUGGUAUUCAUCCCCAUGGCAACAGUGCACAGUGUCCUGUGGAGGAGGGGUGCAGACGCGGAGUGUGCAGUGUCUUAGGCAGGGCAGACCAUCAGGUGGGUGUCAGCAUCACCAGAGACCUACCACCUCCAGAGCCUGCAACACCAACUUCUGUCCAGCACCCAAGAGGAAAGAUGAUCCGUCCUGCAUUGACUUCUUCAGCUGGUGCCACCUGGUCCCCCAGCAUGGUGUCUGCAACCACAAAUUCUAUGGCCAGCAGUGCUGCAAAUCAUGUACCAGGAAGAUGCGGUAGCGAAUCACAUUUAAUUCUACAUUCACACCAACCAUUCUCUUUUUUUCAGUAUGGAGUUUAUUCAAUGUGUGUGGAAACCUGUUGGGGAAGCAGUACAUGGUAGACUGCAGCACAGACUUUGUCCUGGAGUACUUGACUGCUGCACCUAUCAAAACACUGCUCCAUGCAAAACCAGGUUCUAACGGAAUGCUAUGGAUGAUAGCGGUAUAGUGCAGCUUUUGCAAUUCUUCUGGUGCUUGCAUUUGUCACAGUGACUCAUUGACCUGCUGCACGUUUGAGAACUGGAAAUAUGAGACUAUGUAGGAUUUCAUCUUUUAUUUUGAGAAGAACGAUUUUGAAACCCUUUAACAAGUAAACACUACAUAUUUAUGUAAUGGCUUUUCCUUUAGACAACACACUGUGGAUCAGUUAUGUUUAGACACCAUUUAUGAAUUGCCUCUGCUGAACAGGUUAAGUCUUGGAUUAUCCAGCAGUAUCCAGGGUAUAUGUUCAAUGGCAGUUUUCAGAUUAUUGCAACCCAAUACUUGUAAUUUCUACAGUAUAUGACUGCUAAGUGUAAAUGCACUUAAUUAGGUAACUUAUUUUUUGUUGUGCUUGUUUUUGUAACAUAACUAUAUACACAGAAAAAAAUGCUGAUUGAGAAACAAUGAUGUACAAGAGCCGUGUAACACAACAUUAAAACACAUACAUACAGUAACAACAGUUUAGCAUGCCAAAAGUAAAAUGUUCAACGGUAGGAUAUACUUGGCUUUGUGUCACAAAUGGAUUUCAGCUGCAAACGGAAGACACGAGUCACUAUCGCAGUCACCAAGACUUUUUUUUUGCAGUCCAACUUGGCUGUCCAUAUGUUUUCAUUUAUCAAGUUUAUUUUAAAUAUGAAAUACGAUGGUUACAGGAUUCAAAGUUGUUAUGCUCUAUCAGAUGCACAUGUCUGCGCAACGAAGCAGUCAAAUUCUACUCUGCCUCAUUAGAUGCUGUUCAAGCAAUGAAUCCCCUAAAUUACUUAUUUCAUUGUUCAUGUUGUUUCAUUAAAAAAUAUUGUACAUUUCGAUAUUGCCUUCUCCGACUGUGUCAAAUAGGAUGUUAAUGCCCAAUGCUUACCCAAUAUGAGUAGUCGCCUUUUAGCCACAUAUGUUUGGAAGGAACUGCUAUGGGGAAAAAAGCUGACAGCACUAGCGAUCCAGACCAACUGCAGUACAAGCCAGGCUUCAUCCAACUGUAUUUUCUGGAGUCUCAACAAUUGCUUUUUACUGGACAGGGCUGAGCUCCACUAGUUUUUAAAGAUAUUUUUGGAAGUCAGGAUUAGCCAGCUCAGCAUUAAUGUUGUACAGCGUGCAGUUAAGUUUAGGAGUUUGUCUUUCUUCAGCCAAUUUAAUAUAUGAUCAUCUUUACUUAAAGUUGAGUGAUGAUAGGGAAACAGACACAGCAACGUUUUGUUUGAUCUUGGCAAUUAGUUUUUCUCCCAGUUUAUGUUUUAUGCUCUUCUCAUUUAAGAUGAUCAUGUUUUGUAUGUUGGUCUACAUCCUCCUGUUGUGAAAAAAAAGUAAUUUAUUGAUAUGUUUAGUGUCUCCUUAUGUUUGGAGUAAAGGUCCUGUAUAAAUGGCAAUACCUAUAACAACAUGAUUUAUUGUGAUUAAAUGGGUAUUUUUUUGUCUUUUCACAAUAUGCUGUAAAAUAACACCAUGUACUGUUAUGUGUCGUAUUUAAUUAUUUUUAAAACUUUUAUAAUAAAAUGUUAUGACAUGUUUACACAUCAGCGAAUGUAACUCAUGUCAAUGCAAUAGAUGACAUAGAAGAAAUAUACAUAUCUGGCUUGAUUCAGUAAUGUACAAUAUAUAAGGUAAAACACCCUUUAAACCUGAAUAGUGUCUUAAAUUACCCUCUGAGAAACAAUACUAACAGUGUGAAUUAUUCAUUUAAAAAGCAAUUUUUCUAAAAUGUAUAGUUUGGAUGUCUGGUAAGUGAUGUCGUUUUUCUUCUGGGGUUCAUGUUCAAGUCUUCUUAAUGGUUUUUUUCACAAUUUAUGUUUUGCAUUGAGCAUGUGGAGCAAUUUAAUAAUUGCUUGCUGUAUACAGAGCGCUACUUCUUACAGCUCCUCAGUGUACAGCUAUGGCCAAAAGUUUUGCAUCACCUAGAAUUUUAGGAUUGAGACAAAAUACAUUAUAUAUAUAUAUAUAUAUAUAGAUAUAUACACUGUAUGAACAGAAUUGAGAUAUUUUAUUUAACAUCAUGUAAUCAAAGAAACUACAAGAUUCUUCCGUUUUUCUUUAAGUAUAAGGAAAACUACAAAGCCGUAUCUAAUUCAAUAUGUUAAUGUAAUAUUGUUUAGCAGGUCUCAUUCGACUUUAUGAAGCAAAAUUACAUAAUUCUGCAGGAUGAUGCUAAACUUUUGGCCAUAGCUGUAUACAGUAUAAUAUAUCACCUAUGCAAGUAAGCUUUUAUUUUACCACAGCUGUCUCCUAUUGGUGAAAUAUAAUUAGUUUAUGUUGUAAGUCGUAUAAAACAAGGCACAAAACCUAAUUUCCAUUCCGGAUUGUUAACAAACUUAUUUUUGCAGUGUGUUAUUGAUGCAGCAAGCUGACCCCACCCUAAAAUAUACUCAGAUGUUUUCCAUAUACUGUUAACAUUUUAAUAAGAAGCAGUUAUGCUAUCAGUCUGACACCCAUGUAGCAUUUCAGUAGCUCACUAGUGCCUGAGGUUGGCUGAGGUUAUAGCAGCAUCAAACACUACACACUAGUCUCAAAAGAGGAAUGUGGAAUGUGUACUAGAGAACACUUGAAUGUGAACUACUUUGUAAUUGGAAACAAUUUCAUUUUUAAUUGUAGGUUCUCGAUGAGCAUGGUGCUGAUUUGAGCAUGUACAGCUACAGCCAAAAGUUUUGCAUCACAUGUGACAUUUCGAAAUUUAACAUGAAAUACUGUACUACUAUUAUGGCUUCCUGUAGACUUUUACCAUAUACUUUUGUAGUUUCUCUGAUAAAAUGAUGUUAAAUAAAAUAUCUAAAUUAUAUUCACAUAGUUAAAAUUAUGUGUCAAUCCUAAAAUUCUAGGUGCUGCAAAACUUCUGGCCAUAGCUGUCCACUUAGUCACACUGUACCUUUUCCUGCAGUCUUACCAAUACAAAGAUAUCUUUUCCCAGUACUCGACUGGUAGUUUCCACCAAGCAUAUGCUAAGAUAAUCAUAUGAAAGACAUGCCAUGGUCACCUCUGUGUUAUGAUUAGAAGGUGAUUUACAAGUCUGAUAGAAUUUUGUUUGACAGAACUGGGUUUCUAUGUGCAGCACAUUUUCUAGAAUCAGUGGCUCUUAAAACCUCCCAACUUUGUAAACCUGAUUGGUGGCAUUAACCUUUUGUCUGAAUCCAGUCUCUAGACUGAUUUAUAUGACACUGAAUGCACUUUACUAGUCCCUUGAGUGCUUUUGAAUAUACUGCUGCUACUGACUGAGAAUUUGGUCUAUAAAAAGUGGGGAAACAAAUAAUUUAAGUUCAUAAAACUCUUGAGUUUACUGUGAAGUACAAAUUAAAGAUCUGUAAUUACAAACAAAAGGAGAUGCAAAUGGUGACACCUGUGAAGGCUGGAAUACUGAGACAUAUGUUUUGUUCAUUUUUAUAUGUAAAAUAUAAAAUAUAAGCAAAAACCUAAACAGAAUAAAAAGGGGGGCUGUGAUAAUACUGAUAGUUCUAAUAAGAGGUAAAAAAAAUAAAUAAAAAAAAAGGAUUUGAAAAUCUUGGUUAGCACUAUUUUAAGCUUUAUCUUUUCUGUCAACCACUGCGUUUCCCCUUCUCAACAGAAGAGUAAGAUCUCAGUUUUAUAAAUGUAUUGUAUCUGCUAGCUUCCCAGUGCCCGUGAUGUACUGUCGUGCUCCUGAUUGAUAAUUGUACAAACCCUGAAUGACCAUUUACAGUACACCAAACAUUGCAUCAAGCUGUUGUGUGCCAUUUAUUACUGUUUUUAUAUAUGUCGUAAUUUUCAUAUAUGUCGUAAUUAUAGAUAUAAAUGUACUGCGUGAUUGAGUUGUUCAAUAGCUGUUUGUCCCUUAGACCCCAAUCAUUAUUUACAUAUACUUUGUCCAGAGCAAAGUAGCAACAAAAAAUUGCAUCAGAAAAAUCCCCUUGUCUAUACCAAACAAUCCUUCACGCAUAUUGCCAAUACACAUGAGCUAAAGAGCUUUCAAGGGCUGUAUUGUCCAAUAUAUGAUGUAGAAGGACACCCUGGGAGCAUUGGAGAGAGAGAACGUUCCAGGAGGUAAAGGUUUAAUAUUUAAAUUAUACCAAACAGUAUGCGGUUUGUUUAGUUUACAUCACAUGUUAACUAUUAAACCAACCUUUGUAAAAGUGAACUCUGCUUGAGAUGCUCUCCCUUAGAAGGGAAUAAAGCUACUCACAGAGUGGUACAAUGCAUUGUCUCGUUCCAAGCUUUAAAAUUAAAUGAAGUUUG